GGGCAACAGUAGACCACCAACUGAAUAAAGUUAUGAAACCUAUUGACUUACUACAAACCCAUGACCAAUUCAGUAGCUUUGAGUUUAUCCAAAACUCCCAACAAUCUCAUCUUCAUUUUGGCAUUCCAUCAAAAAGAUAAAUUUGAAGGUUUCAUAUACUACUAUCAUUGGCUCUGUGCCAGUAUAGACAAUAAAUCCAUGGAGGCUCAUAGGCCUGUAAUUUGACUAAAACGACUUGUAUGGGUCGGGUUAACCGUUUCAUUAACAGGCCGAAUUAAGGGACCAUACCCGGUUACCCAGUCACAGAAUCGACUUUUGAAGUUAAAACCGUGAAGAUCGAACAUUUGAUAAAACUUCAAAUGGAUGGGUUUUUUAAAGUCACUGGAAGAGUUGGAACGAGUGCAAAGGCAACAAGCACUAAUUUAUUUGAAAAACCCAACGAAAGUCUCCACCAAAUUUCUAAAAGCUCUUCAUGUCUACCUUAUCAGAACUGGUCUUCAUCAAAGCAGUUUCGCCGUUGGAAACUUCAUUGCUCAUUGUUCUACUUUGGGUACAAUGGAUUACGCCAACAAAUUGUUCGAUCAAAUGCAUGAACCUACUACUUUUGUUUGGAACACCAUGAUUAGAGGCUUCCAGAAAAACCAAGAACCUAUUAAAACACUUGCAUUUUUUAGUCAAAUGAGAGCUGAAAACAUUCAACCUGAUCAUUUUACAUACCCAUUUGUUGUUAGAGCUUGUGCAAAUUUACAGGAUAUUCAUAGAGGAAAAUGGGUUCACGGGCAACUGAUGAAAUCUUGUUUGGUGAAAGAUAUUUAUGUCGCGACGAAUUUGAUCGAGUUUUAUGUUAGCUGUGGGGAUGUUAGAAUUGCUCAUAAGGUGUUCGAUGAAAUGCCUGUUAGAGAUGCAGUUUCGUGGACUGCUAUUAUGUCAGGUUAUGUGAAUCAGUCUGGUACGGAUAUGAAAAUGGCUCAACGGAUAUUUGAUGAAAUGCCAACUAAGGAUGUUGUUGCUUGGAAUACAAUGAUUGCUGGGUAUGUAAAAAUCGGCAACAUGAAACUUGCUAGGAUUUUAUUUGAUGAAGCCCCUAUUAAAGAUUUACUAACGCGUAACACGUUGUUAGGUGGCUAUGCAAAGCAUUGCGAAACUGAAGUUGCUCUUCGGUUCUUUGAGUCGAUGCCCGAGAAAGAUGUAGUUUCUUGGAAUUCAGUUAUUGCUGGGUUUGUUCAGAAUAAGAGGGUGAACGAUGCUAUGUCAUUUUUUCACGAGAUGCAAAUACAGAAUGUGAAACCUAAUAUGGUGACCUUAGUGGGUGUUCUUUCUGCUUGUGCCCAAGUUGGGGCUUUGGAAACAGGGAGAUGGAUACAUUGGUACAUCGAUAAAAACGGAUUCAGUUUGAAUGUGAUGUUAUGUACUGCUCUUGUGGAUAUGUAUUCGAAAUGUGGAGCUUUGGAAAGUGCUCAACGGGUUUUUGAUUUGAUGUCUGAUCGAGAUGUUGUUACCUGGAAUGCAAUGAUAAUGGGCUUCUCCAUGAAUGGGCAAAGUAAGAAGGCGCUAGACUUAUUCUAUCGAAUGCUAGAUGAAGAAGUGCGUCCCAACGAAGUUACCAUGAUUGGAGUUUUAUGUGCAUGUACGCACACGGGGAUGGUAGAUGAAGGUCGAAAUAGAUUCGAGAAAAUGCAAAAACAGUUUGGGAUCACACCCAAACUUGAGCAUUAUGGUUGCAUGGUCGAUCUCCUUGGCCGUGCUGGGUUGUUGGAUGAAGCUUAUGAUUUUAUUCAAAAAAUGCCACUUGUUCCUCAUAUCGGAGUCUGGGGUGCUUUACUGAAUUCAUGCAAAACCUAUGGUAAUGUUGAGCUAGCUGAGUAUGCAACUAAGCACUUGAUUGAACUAGAUCAUGAAGAUGGAGGUUAUUUAACAACUAUGUCAAAUAUAUAUGCUAAUGCUGGAAGAUGGAAUGAUGUAGCCAGGGUGAGAGUUUUGAUGAAGAGAAAGAAGAUUGGUAAACUUCCUGGCUGUAGUUCAAUGGAGAUCAACGGUGAAAUUCACGAGUUUGGAGUAGAGGAGAAGAUCCAUCCUAGAUCGAAUGAAAUUUACGAGAUGAUUGAUGAGAUCUCAAAGCGGUUAAGAGCAGCAGGUCACAUAGCGACCACCACCGAGGUGUUCUUUGAUGUAGAAAAUGAGGAGAAAGAGAGGGCAUUAUUCUACCACAGUGAGAAGUUAGCUAUCGCCUUUGGGCUUAUUGCUACUGAUAAAGGAUCUACGAUACGCAUUGUGAAAAACUUGCGUGUUUGUGUUGACUGUCAUUCUGCUAUAAAGCUUAUUUCAGAGAUUUUUGAUAGGGAGAUAGUAGUCAGAGACAGAUGCAGAUUCCACCAUUUCAAGGAUGGGAUUUGUUCUUGUGGUGAUUACUGGUGAAGUGGCUGUUACUUUAUUUUGAUUUUUCCUAAAAAUAUUAAUUACAUUCGGCAUUUGAGUGUGGAAGGGCUAUUAUACUUUCGAGCAAACCGCUUUGGAGCUCUUUCUUAAAGGAAAGAAUCCAGUUACCAUGAAACUUGAAUUUAAAUCAUGUAUAAAAUUCAUUAUAUAUAGAAGUUAGAUCAAUGAUCAUAUUCUCGAA